AUGGCCGACCCAAAAUCGACCGAAGAGCUCUGCGCCAUGUGUAACAACAUGGGUGUUCAUGCUUGCAGUGGCUGCCACUCAAUCCGCUACUGCUCAAAACUGUGUCAAAAAACCGACUGGUCACUGCACAAGUUGCUCUGCAAAUCCUUCAAGAACUUUUCAAACGAUCAACGCCCCCAGCCGCACGGAAAAUACAUAUACAGGCGCGCCAUUCACUUUCCCGAGCAUGGCGAUACGCCGCAGUUCGUCUGGAUGCGCCACUUUGGACCCAACGAAUCAAACCGCACGGUCGUAGACUCUUCCUCCCUCCAUGCUGAUUGCGCAGACCUAAAGCCGUUGAUGAAGUUCGGCCUCAACUUCCUUUUGCGGCGACCGCUUACGGGCUGGGUCAUCAUUGCGGGACGGCCUUGUGGCUUGAACAAGGACGGCAUGGUGAAAGCCGGGCACGCAAACAAGAGCAUGCUGAAAGUGGACGAGGAGAUGUCUGACUGGGCUGGAGGCGCUCUUAUCGCGUAUGGGAAUGAUGGUGCAAAUUGGCCCACGGGUACAGCAGGCGGGGCUUGGCAAGAUCAAGUCUACGAUCUGGGACCGGUUCAUCUUCGCCAUGUUAUCGAUAAUCUGAGAGACGAACACGACAAGACUGGUCGCGAGUUCGAACUAUGCACCAAGGGAAGCAAAGACAAGGUCAAGGGCGUGCGCAUAAAUUGCAUUGGAGACGAGAUUAUGUGUUGCCGAAAUGCAAUGGAGCCUGUGGAUGUGGCGAGAUCACUGUGCACCGAGCAAAGCGACAUCAACAGCGAUAUGGCAGACAGGAUUGGCGUCCCGAUCAUCAUCCGCAAGAUCCCUCACGCAUUGUGCUGGCGCGGUCGAAAUAUUGCAGUGCGGAACAGUGGCGCAGUCGUCCCAGGCGGCGUGAAUACGGUUAUGAUGGUUCUUGAUCUCAAGAGCCAAGUCGAGCUAUUCCCAGAGAACUUGGAAAUAUCGUGGAUGGUUCAGAGAUUCGAAGCAACUUCAGGUCAGCUAGGCUCAUGUGUCGUGGUCCGGAAGGAUGGGAAGCCACUCGAACCCAUCUUCAUGGAGGCUCUCGAGGUCUACACGAGGCUGAAGGUAAAGAAUGCAAAGAACGAAAAUGAAGACGAGGACUGGGAAAAGGUGCUCUUCGCUGAUGUGUCGGAGGAGGACUGGGAGGGAUUCUUCAAGGACUUCGAUCCUGACAAAGACUACAAACUGGACAGAAAUUCCUAG